AUGGGCCUCCCUGGAGAAGCUGUUAAGAGCAAGGAUGAGCUUGUGGAAGAGGGUGCUGCACUGCUCAAGGACUUGAUUGAUUGGGAGGGAAACGAUCUAAAGAGAAUUUAUGAGCCUAUUGCUGAUCAAGUCUCUUACAUCUUUGUUGCAGUUUUGGUCUUUGCUUUUGGAUAUUUUGCUUGGGCAAAGUUCCGGGAAUGGAAAUCAAAGCAAGUAACUACUCACGUGCCAUACCGAGUGAUAAAGCCUCCCUCAACUGUGAUUGCCGAGCAAGGAAAGACGAACAAACGUAUUUGUGCUGUGAUCGGUGGAACUGGAUUUGUAGGCUCACAUGUAGUCAACGAGCUAGUGAAGAGAGGAGACUAUUAUGUGUACGUUCUUGGACGUACGUUUCGACCCGAGAGAACUAAUCCUAAUGCAGAUUGUCUGAUUCAAGUUGACCUUUUGGACCUAGAUGGUUUAGUGAGUGCUUUCCAAGGUGUGGACUCUGUUAUCAAUACAGCUGCAAUUGUUCCUACUGUGUUUAUGAGUGCUGAAGAAAUCUGGCUGAAAAACAAGAAUGGACAAGAAAAUGUCCUUGAGGCUGCAAAAACAGCUGGUGUGAAAAAUCACGUAUUCCUAUCGGCCAUGCACCCUAAGAACAAAAUCUGCUCAAGAGAAAUGAAAGCCUUCAUGAACAUUUUUUAUCGCUCUGAGGAUAGCUUUGUGAAAGCAAAUGGGAAGGAUGGUCUACGCACGUGUGCCAUUGGACCUGGAAACAUAAUUGGAAUAAAUAGUCCAUUCAUUGACAUGCUACUCUCUGGCAAAAUGACAUCUUCACCAAUGAAUGACCUUCUUCCUGUUUCCUUUGCUCCAGCCGAGUAUGUUGCUAAGGCUCUGGUCAAUGCUGAGAUCAAACUUGCAGCCGGUGACGAAGCAAUAUCUGGCAAGAUUAUUAAGCUUCGUGGAGAGGUGAUGACAUGGAGGAAAUUUUUCAAUCUUUCUAGUUGGCCUAAGAAAAUUUCAGAGACUCCUAGCUGGGUGCUCACACCAUUGAUAAGGAUCAACAUGCUGUGUGCUGCUGUGUUCAACAAGGCUCCAUUUGGCCCCGACCUUUCUGCUGCACUAACGGACAUCAUGGCGUUUGUUGAAGAAGAUUUGGAGGACAUUGAAAUACAGAAGGCAUACCAAGACCUCGACGUGGGACCCCCUGUGCCACCAAUGGAGGCUUAUGUCAGAGAGUUGGUGGAAAGAUACAAAGAAAAGAAAAAGGACAAAUAAGUUUUUGUCAGUUUAGAGAACGCUAUCGAUCUACACUCUACAUGGUAGAUCUAUAUACUAAAUUUUGCAAAUGCGAUAAUUAUUAAAACUAAUGAUCUCUUGUUAAAGGUCUGGAAGGGCAUUUAGGAAACGCUCUAUAACAAUGAUAAAUGAAUCUUUGUUACUUUGUUACUGAAUGUCUUACAUGUUAUUAAUAUUUUAACACAAUAUGCAACACAGA